AUGGCUUUUCUUAGCCGGAAUACUAACAAUGGUGCAACAACAGAAUACAACUUGACACAAGAGUUUCCUACCGACCAAGAAAAGAUGGAUGAUUUGUUCGCACAAAGGGAUCAAGUAUACGACCUUUGUUUCAACGGCCACUUUGACGAGAUAGGGAGUAUGCUUGCCAAGCAUUGGCCAAGUUUGCUAGAAGACAAUGAAACAAAUGUCUUCGAACAUGCAGAACACUCUAUGAGGUCUGUGAUCCGAAUCUUGCAUGACAUUUGGCCUAACAAUAUUCAUCACAAUGCAAAUGGCAUUGCAACAACUGCCGGGCAUGUCCUCGACCCCAUGUUGAUACCGACCUCCUUCAGGACUCAAGGCAGUAUCGGGGCUCACAUGGAGGCAAGAAAUAGAGUGGCAGAACUGGGUGAGGACAUUGCAACUGUCCACCAUUUACUCAACGUCCACCGCCGCAUUAUGACACAGCUGGAUGUCAUGAUAGCAAACUGUGCAAAGUGA